AUGUGGGAAGCUAGGCGUGAAAAAUCUGAUGAAAUUAUUAGACAAGUAACAAUGAAUUGUGCAGAACGUGGAAUGAUGCUGAUUAAUAUUCGUGAUGAAAUUAACAUGACCAUUAACGCUUACCAAGAGCUUUAUGAAAGUUCAAUAGCAUUUGGAAUACGUAAAGCGUUAUUGAGUGAACAUAAAAAAUUAGAGUUUGAAAGAAAAAUUGAGAAACUCAAAGCUCAGAAUGAAGAAUUAGUAACCGAGCUGGCUCAAACUAUUGAAGCUACGGCAAAAAUAGAGAGAGAUGCCACUGAAGCCCGGACUAUAGAAAUACAACGACAAACUGAAGAAUUGAAUACGUUAAAAAAGGCCAAUCAAUUGAUAAAAGUUCAACUGGAAUCAAUAAUAGCACCAAAAAGACAUAAUUAA